AUGCACUUCCUUUUUGAAAUGCUCUUUGAAUUUACGACUCAACUAAAGUACCUAACCGGCUUUGGAAACGAGCAUGCGUCAGCUGACCCAAGAGUGCCAGACGCGCUUCCUGUGGGACAGAACUCCCCGCAAAAAUGCGCUCAUGGCCUUUAUGCUGAACAGCUGAGUGGAACUGCAUUCACAGCUCCUCGAUGUCAAAACCAGCGCUCGUGGCUCUAUCGUAUUCGUCCUUCUGUAAUCCACCGUCCAUUCGAAGCAAUCAAGGAUAAUGGACAGAAUUGGACUAACGAUUUCUCUUCAAUCCCUCCGAACCCUAAUCAAUACCGUUGGAAUCCAUUUCCUCUUCCAACCAAAGAAGGUGUGACCUUUGUGGAAAAUUUGUACACUGUUUGUGGUGGAGGAGAUGUCAUCGGACGUACUGGAUUGGCGAUUCAUCAGUUCUCGUGCAAUGCUAGUAUGGAGCAUACUGCAAUGUACAAUUCUGAUGGCGACUUUUUGAUCGUCCCACAACAAGGUUCGCUGGAAAUUACCACGGAAUUCGGACGUCUUCUGGUGAAUCCACAAGAGAUUAUUAUCAUUCCACAAGGAAUCCGGUUCUCUGUGGGUGUCCGUGGACCUUCUCGCGGAUAUAUUCUUGAAGUGUACGGUACCCAUUUCCAACUCCCUGAUCUUGGACCGAUUGGAGCUAACGGUCUCGCCAAUCCAAGAGAUUUUGAAACUCCAGAAGCUUGGUUUGAAGAUCUUGACGUGGAAUACACCGUCAUCAACAAAUAUCAAGGGGCAUGGUUCCAGGCUAAACAAGGACAUUCACCAUUUGAUGUUGUUGGAUGGCAUGGAAACUAUUGUCCAUACAAGUACGAUCUUCGUAAAUUUAUGGUUAUCAACACUGUCUCUUUUGAUCACUGCGAUCCCUCGAUCUUCACAGUUCUCACUGCUCCAUCUGUCAAGCACGGAACUGCUAUUGCUGAUUUUGUGAUCUUCCCACCAAGAUGGGGAUGUGCUGAUAACACAUUCAGACCACCAUACUAUCACCGAAAUUGUAUGUCUGAGUACAUGGGAUUAAUCACCGGAUGUUAUGAAGCUAAAGAAGGAGGAUUCAAGCCAGGAGGUGGAUCACUUCACUCCAUGAUGACUCCUCAUGGACCCGAUUUCAAUUGUUUCGAAAUGGCAUCGAAUGUGGAUUUGAAACCACAAAGGGUUGCUGAAGGAACAAUGUCGUUCAUGUUUGAAAGUUCUCUUAACAUGGCCAUCACCAACUGGGCAAUUACUCAAAAUGUGGACAAAGAUUACUACAAGGACUGGCAACCACUCAAGAAACAUUUUACUCUUCCUAAGUGA